AUGUCGGCGCCCCAAACUGGUUACUCAAUAAAUGUUAAUGACCCCACCCUUAUUUCGCUGGUAAAUAAGCUUCAGGAUGUCUUCACGACAGUUGGUGUACAAAACCCCAUUGAUCUUCCUCAAAUAGUGGUCGUUGGUUCACAGUCCAGCGGAAAGAGCUCAGUGCUGGAGAAUAUCGUUGGAAGGGACUUUCUGCCUAGAGGUUCCGGAAUCGUAACUCGACGGCCCCUUGUUCUACAACUUAUCAACAGGCCUUCUUUAGUGAAACCACAGGCCAACGGGGUGAAGGAAGAGAAGCUCGAGACCACCGAUAAGGAGGCUAAUCUGGACGAGUAUGGCGAAUUCCUGCAUAUCCCUGGGCAAAAGUUUUACGAUUUCAACAAGAUCAGAGAUGAGAUUGUUCGUGAGACUGAGCAGAAGACUGGGCGCAAUGCGGGCAUUUCACCAGUACCGAUCAAUCUGAGGAUCUACUCCCCAAACGUCCUGACACUCACCCUCGUCGAUCUGCCCGGCUUAACCAAAGUCCCGGUCGGAGAUCAACCCAAAGAUAUCGAGAAGCAAAUACGAGAUAUGGUAUUAAAGCAUAUUAGCAAGUCAAAUGCCAUUAUCCUUGCCGUCACUGCUGCGAACCAGGAUCUUGCCAACUCCGACGGCCUGAAACUUGCCCGAGAGGUCGAUCCCGAAGGCCAACGCACCAUUGGUGUGCUUACAAAAGUAGAUCUUAUGGACACAGGAACGGACGUGGUGGAUAUUCUUGCUGGCAGAAUUAUUCCCCUGCGUCUGGGCUACGUACCCGUCGUCAACCGCGGGCAAAGGGAUAUUGAGAAUAAACGACCCAUUUCCUAUGCGCUGGAGCAUGAGAAGAAUUUCUUCGAGAACCACAAGGCUUAUCGGAAUAAGUCGUCAUAUUGUGGAACGCCAUAUCUUGCCCGGAAAUUGAAUUUGAUUCUCAUGAUGCACAUUAAACAAACCCUUCCUGACAUCAAAGCUCGUAUCGCCUCUUCUCUCCAGAAAUACACCACCGAGCUCGCCCAACUUGGCGACUCCAUGCUCGGAAACAGCGCAAACAUCAUCCUCAACAUCAUCACGGAAUUCAGCAACGAAUAUCGGACAGUGCUGGAUGGCAAUAACCAGGAAUUAUCCAGUGUCGAGCUUUCGGGAGGGGCGCGUAUUAGUUUUGUCUUCCAUGAACUCUACUCCAACGGCGUCAAGGCAGUCGAUCCAUUCGACCAGGUUAAAGAUAUCGACAUUCGCACCAUCCUCUACAACUCCUCCGGCUCCUCUCCGGCCCUAUUCGUCGGUACCACCGCCUUCGAACUUAUUGUCAAACAGCAAAUUAAGAGACUGGAGGACCCAAGCUUGAAAUGCGUGUCGUUAGUUUAUGACGAACUCGUAAGGAUUCUGGGACAGCUGCUCAGCAAGCAACCGUUCCGUAGAUAUCCGCAACUCAAAGAGAAGUUCCAUAGUGUUGUCAUUGCGUUUUUCAAGCAGGCUAUGGACCCGACGAACAAAUUGGUCAGAGAUCUGGUGGCGAUGGAGUCGUGCUACAUCAAUACUGGGCACCCGGAUUUUUUGAAUGGACAUCGGGCGAUGGCUAUCGUUAAUGAACGACACGCUGCCUCCAGGCCAACUCAGGUCGAUCCCAAGACGGGGAAACCCCUCCCGCCCUCAGCAGUACCUCCACGAUCGGCAAGCCCGUCGCUUGAUCCCAUGUCAGACGCCAACGGAGGGUUCUUCGGCAGCUUCUUUGCGUCUAAGAAUAAGAAGAAGAUGGCGGCAAUGGAGCCUCCACCGCCCACCCUUAAGGCGUCCGGGACUUUGUCUGAGCGGGAGAAUUCGGAGGUCGAGGUUAUUAAACUCCUGAUAAACUCAUAUUAUAACAUCGUCAAGAGAACCAUGAUCGACAUGGUCCCCAAGGCAGUUAUGCUUAAUCUUGUCCAGCACACCAAAGAUGAAAUGCAACGCGAGCUCCUUGCCCAGAUGUACCGAUCCGAGGAAUUCGACGACCUCCUCCGCGAAAGUGAAUAUACCAUCCGCCGACGAAAGGAAUGCCAGCAAAUGGUGGAGAGCCUUACGAGGGCGAGUGAGAUUGUUAGCCAAGUCCAGUAG